UGCAUCAUUUAUUGGAUGCCAACCGCCGUUAAGCCUCGAAGAAGAGUGGCUAGUAUCGGUAGCAACUUCUCAAAGUCAAGUUCCAAGCCUUCCAUGUCUGAACCCAAGUCUAUGGAGUCCCCAGUUUCUGGCUGUGGUGUUCCAUCACAGAGAACCUCACAGCAGGGUCCAGAGAUGGUCUCAGUGAAGCUGGAGGACUGCAGUCAAACACUGCAACUCAAUGUGAUUGUCAAAGAGGAGGAGGAGAGAGCAGUCGGAGAGGAGGUGGAGGAGAGAGCAAUCAAAGAGGAGGUGGAGGAGAGAGCAAUCAAAGAGGAGGUGGAGGAGAGGGCAGUCAGAGAGGAGGUGGAGGAGAGGGCAGUCAGAGAGGAGGUGGAGGAGAGAGCAGUCAGAGAGGAGGUGGAGGAGAGAGCAGUCAGAGAGGAGGUGGAGGAGAGAGCAGUCAGAGAGGAGGUGGAGGAGAGAGCAGUCAGAGAGGAGGUGGAGGAGGGCGCAGUCAGAGAGGAGGUGGAGGAGAGAGCAAUCAAAGAGGAGGUGGAGGAGAGGGCAGUCAGAGAGGAGGUGGAGGAGAGGGCAGUCAGAGAGGAGGUGGAGGAGGGAGCAGUCAGAGAGGAGGUGGAGGAGAGAGCAAUCAAAGAGGAGGUGGAGGAGGGAGCAGUCAGAGAGGAGGUGGAGGAGAGAGCAGUCAAAGAGGAAGAGGAUGAGGAGAGAGCCAUCACAGAGGAAGAGGAUGAGGAGAGUGCAGUCAAAGAGGAAGAGGAUGAGGAGAGAGCCAUCACAGAGGCGACGGAGGAAAGACCACUCAAAGAGGAGGUGAAGGAGAGCGGAGUCAACGACGAGGAGAGUCCAGUCAAAGAAGAGAACAGGGACGGGUCUUCUCCAGAUCUAGAGGAAGAGGAAGUAGAUAGUAUCACUGAUCCAGGAGAGAUCUCCAACCCAGGUUCAGACGGUGAGCCCAGUUCCACAGCAUCAGGAAACCAUAAACGACACAGACGGAGGAACUCAAGACAGAAACAUCACCACUGCAUGGACUGCUUCACUAGUUUCUAUGAGCCAGAGGAGUUGAGAAGACACACUUGUAGGGCCCACCCCUGCUCAGAUUGCAGAGGCAGUGUUAUUUGUCCAACUCACCUCAAAUCACACCAACAGACUCACAGAAUAAAGAAGAUUUACCCGUGUGAUCAAUGUGGGAAGAGCUUUCCGACACCAAGCAAACUAAUGACGCACCAGAGAACUCACACAGGAGAGAGGCCUUACCACUGCUCCCAAUGUGGGACCAGCGUCAGUAAUUUAGCACAUCUAAAGCGACACCAGAGGAUAAUACACCUGGCAGAGAAGCCUUACCACUGCUCUCAGUGUGAUAAGCGUUUCAGUCAGGCAGGUCACCUGAAGACACACCAGCGAACUCACACAGGAGAGAAGCCUUACCACUGCUCUCAGUGUGGGAAGAGCUUUGGUCGGGCAGGAUCUCUGAAGACACACCAGAUUACUCACACAGAAGAGAAGCCUUAUCACUGCUCUCAAUGUGGGGAUAACUUCACCAGUUUAUAUUUCCUAAAGAAACACCAGAUAACUCACACAGGAGAGCAGCCGUACCACUGCUCUCAGUGUGGAAGGAGCUUCAGUCAGGCAGGAGACCUGAAGCAACACCAGCGAACUCACACAGGAGAGAAGCCAUACCACACUGCUCUCAGUGUGGGAAGCGGUUUGGUUGGGCACGAGCUCUAAAGACACACCAGCUAACUCACACAGAGGAGAAGCCUUAUCACUGCUCUCAGUGUGGGAGGAGCUUCAGUCAGACGGCACACCUGAAGAAACACCAGCUAACUCACACAGGAGAGAAGCCUUACAACUGUUCUCAAUGUGGGAAGGGUUUCAGUCGGCCAGCACACCUAACGAGACACCAGCGAACUCACACCGGAGAGAAGCCUUACCACUGCUCUCAAUGUGGGAAGAGCUGCAGUCAGACAGCAGACCUAAAGAGGCACCAGCUAACGCACAUCGGAGAGAAGCCUUACCACUGCUCUCGGUGCGGGAAGAGUUUCAGGCAUUUAACAACUCUGAAGAUGCACCAGAUGAGAAGCUUUUCCACUGCUGUUAGUGUGGGAAGAGCUUUAAAUGCAUAAAAUAACAUCAGAAGAUGUCGCCCAACACUGACCUUUAUAAUGGUGUUACCAAGCUGGGCAUCUAACCAAUAUUGACUGAGUUGGGUUUUUUUUCUUCUCCAACCUGAUGUACAUUGUCAUAUAAAAAAUGUACCAAAGCUUAUGGAAUAUGACACGAGGGUCACAUUUUAAAUGAAAGUGUCUAUUCCUCCAGAAAUGUA